ACCGUUGCCUUGUGAAUCAAGCGCCAUAGUCACCGUAGUCCUGGCGACUGUUACCCAUCAACAACAACCGCUCCUCUCCUGCUCCUCCUCCACCUCCUGCCGCUCCUCACCCCCAUCCUCACCCCCUUCCUCGCCGUCACCCGCAACAACAACAACAACAACCACAACAACAGCGGCAGCAGCCGCCACCUCCGGCACCGACGACAGCGGGGACGCCGCCGCCGCAGCCCGCCUCAGCCCAGAGACCACGAUGCAGACAUCAGAGACUGGGUCGGAUACAGGUUCAACUGUGACUUUACAGACAUCUGUGGCUAGCCAGGCAGCAGUGCCCACGCAGGUAGUACAGCAAGUACCAGUUCAACAACAGGUGCAGCAAGUGCAGACUGUGCAACAGGUACAGCAUGUCUACCCAGCCCAGGUUCAGUAUGUGGAAGGAAGUGACACGGUCUACACUAAUGGAGCUAUCCGAUCAACAACUUAUCCAUACACAGAAACCCAGAUGUACAGCCAAAACACUGGGGGAAAUUAUUUUGAUACUCAAGGAAGUUCUGCACAGGUGACAACAGUGGUCUCCUCUCAUAGCAUGGUGGGCACUGGAGGGAUUCAGAUGGGUGUCACAGGAGGACAACUCAUUAGCAGCUCAGGAGGGACCUAUCUGAUUGGCAAUUCAAUGGAAAAUUCUGGUCAUUCAGUGACUCAUACAACGCGGACUUCCCCAGCUACAAUUGAAAUGGCGAUUGAGACACUGCAAAAGUCUGAUGGUCUGUCCACUCACAGAAGCUCUCUUCUCAACAGCCAUCUUCAGUGGCUUUUGGACAAUUACGAAACUGCAGAAGGAGUGAGUCUCCCAAGAAGUACCCUUUACAACCAUUACUUACGACAUUGUCAGGAGCACAAGUUGGAUCCAGUCAAUGCCGCCUCCUUUGGAAAACUCAUACGGUCAAUCUUCAUGGGAUUACGGACACGAAGACUUGGAACUAGGGGCAACUCCAAAUAUCAUUACUAUGGGAUUCGUGUCAAGCCAGACUCUCCUCUUAAUCGACUACAAGAGGACAUGCAAUAUAUGGCUAUGAGACAACAGCCCAUGCAGCAGAAACAGAGGUAUAAGCCUAUGCAGAAAGUGGAUGGAGUUGCAGAUGGCUUCACAGGAAGUGGUCAACAGACAGGCACAUCUGUUGAACAAACUGUAAUUGCCCAAAGUCAACAUCAUCAACAGUUUUUAGAUGCAUCUCGAGUACUUCCAGAGUUUGGAGAAGUUGAAAUAUCUUCUCUACCAGAUGGUACUACCUUUGAGGACAUCAAAUCACUGCAGAGUCUUUAUCGAGAGCACUGUGAGGCAAUACUGGAUGUGGUAGUAAAUCUUCAGUUCAGCCUGAUAGAAAAAUUGUGGCAAACUUUCUGGCGCUAUUCUCCCUCUACUCCACCUGAUGGCACUACCAUUAAUGAACCAAGCAAUCUGAGUGAAAUAGAAAGUCGACUUCCAAAAGCAAAGCUGAUUACUCUGUGCAAAAAUGAGUCUAUUCUGAAAUGGAUGUGUAACUGUGAUCAUGUGAUGUACCAGGCUUUGGUGGAGAUUCUCAUUCCUGACGUCCUUAGACCUAUUCCUAGUGCCUUGACCCAAGCCAUUCGCAAUUUUGCAAAAAGCCUUGAAGGUUGGCUUUCAAAUGCCAUGAACAAUAUUCCACAGAGGAUGAUACAAACCAAGGUUGCCGCUGUAAGUGCCUUUGCCCAGACUCUGCGAAGAUACACAUCUCUUAAUCACCUGGCUCAAGCAGCUCGUGCUGUACUUCAAAAUACUUCUCAAAUCAACCAGAUGCUCAAUGAUCUUAACCGUGUUGAUUUUGCCAAUGUUCAGGAGCAGGCUUCCUGGGUGUGCCAGUGUGAUGACAACAUGGUUCAGAGGCUAGAAACAGAUUUCAAAAUGACUCUUCAACAGCAAAGCACUCUGGAGCAGUGGGCUGCCUGGCUUGAUAAUGUAAUGAUGCAAGCACUGAAACCGUAUGAAGGAAGACCCAGCUUUCCUAAAGCAGCACGGCAAUUUCUGUUAAAAUGGUCUUUCUACAGCUCAAUGGUGAUUCGAGAUUUAACCUUGCGCAGUGCUGCUAGCUUUGGCUCUUUUCAUCUGAUCCGCUUGCUUUAUGAUGAAUACAUGUUUUACUUAGUAGAACAUCGUGUUGCUCAGGCAACAGGAGAGACACCUAUUGCAGUUAUGGGAGAGUUUGGUGACUUAAAUGCUGUGUCCCCUGGAAAUAUGGAUAAAGAUGAGGGCAGUGAAGUUGAAAGUGAAAUAGAUGAAGAGAUGGAUGAAAAUGGAGAGCCACAAGCCAAGAGGGAGAAAACAGAGAUAAACCAGGCAUUUCAGGUGGGCUGCAUGCAGCCUGUGCUUGAGAGUGGAGUACAGCAGAACCUCCUGAACCCAAUUCAUAACGAGCACAUUGUUGCAACUACUCAGACUAUCAGACAAUGCAGUGCUACAGGAAAUACAUAUACUGCAGUCUAAUAUGAAACUUUCCCCCCGUUACAUUAGCCCUUUGAGUUUAAUAUGAAAAAAAAAAAAAUAAAGAGAGAAAAAGUCUGAAGGUUGACUGUUGUCAAAUUUUAACUGUGCUGAACAUAAUUUUAUUGGAGUUAUUAAAUGGAAUGGAUGUAUGUAUUUUGCCAGAUCUGUUUAAAAAAAGAAAAAACAACAGAUUUUUUUGUAAACUGAAUCAUUUUGCAUUGGCCACUCAAUAUGAAGAGUUUUCUUAGAAUCAAAUGCAAGGAAGAUUUUUGCAAAGCUUAAUGUUAAUGUUUUUGUCCUCUUAUAAUAAUUUAAAUUUUUUCAUAGUUUUUUAAAAAAAUUAAUGUUAAUUAUUAGUUAUGACAAUGAUUUCAUAUACAUAGGUUUCUAAUUAGAUGCUCUUCUGUGAAAUAUCAAAAGAACUAUUUUCUUUGAUUUACACUGGAGGCAUACUUAUUUGACAGCAGAUGUAUCAAAUUUGUUAUAAAAGGUGCUUUUCCUUGGACAACUAAAAGACACUAUUUUUAAAAAAUUGUGAGCAUUCAGGGGGAAAUUUUGUAAUAAUGUUGGAGGAUUGGGAGAUAUUCUAGUUUCUUUCUGUAAGGAAGAAGCAAGUUUAAAUAAUGGAAUUGUAAUAGAAUGUGAUAAUGUGUACGUAAUAAACGUACCUAAUUAUCUGACCAUUAUAUUAACAAUGCAAGGUUCCUUUAAAAUCAACAGUUCCAGAUAUUAUUUCCUUACCAGUUCCUCUGUUUUGAAGACUACUGAUUCUUUAUGUGGCACCACUGAACAGGUGCUUUUAGCUGUUGAGUGGUACUGUAGUUGUUAGAAGCUGAAGCUGAAAAAGAAGUGACUUGAUUAUUAUUGUUAAUUUCUAAGUGUACGUGCUACUUAAGCUGAACUGGACAUACAGGAAAACAUUCCAUUUGGAUGACUUUCUUCUAUUCCAGGUCUUUUCAUAUUAGUUGUUCAAUCUGCUGCUCUUAGAAAAGAUGAUUUAUAGAGUGCAAGGAAUGUAGCAACCUGCAUCAUUUUCCUUUCAAAAAUAUUUCCUUGUUGUUAAAGUGGAAUUAAAUUUUUACAAAAAAAAAAAAAUUAGAUAAGGCAGUGUAACUGGCACACCUCACUUGUACUUAUUCCCAAUUGUGUAGAAUUUGAAUAGGUGGCUAGAUGGACCAUUGCCAUUUAAGAAUGUACAUCAGGGAUCAUUGUACCUCGGCUAUUACAUGGUGCCUUAAACAGAACUGAAGCUAAGAUUUAGUACUUUUUGUUAUUCUUAAUUCUUAAAUUAAUUCAACAAGGUGUGCCUGUCAUCUUCAAAUUCCCUAAGUAAGGACAGGUUACAUAGCCUUCAAAAGAAGAAAAUGAUUUUUUAUUAUUAAAUGAUUUUAAUAUCCCUCUUAGAAUGACAAUAAACCUAUUUUUUCUCAUUUCUAGCUGGAUUUCACUUUAUUACAAAUAAAAUUUGCUUGGGAAUUUAGAAGGCAAAACUAGCUUUAAUACCAACUUCAAAUGUCAAAAUAGAUUGACCAUAGUCCCAAGCAUGAUUAUAUAUUUUUUAGACCCCUGUCUACUUUUAAUUUUAAAAAGUAAAAGUAAAUAAAUGAGCAGGUACAUAAUGCAGUGCAUGUUUUCAAUGUGUAUAUUUUGUGGGGUAUCAGUCUGAUUUUACAUAUAAUGGUUAAAUCUCAUAAUGACAGUUUAUAUAGCCCAUAUUGAUUGACAUUAAACAAUCAGAUUUUUCUUCUUGAACAUUUCAUUAUGCGGACACAUGAAUUUGCUACACUAAAAUAAGGAAUUAAAUAAGAAACAAAGCCAAACACUAAAGGAGAGCACAAAAAGAUCAACUUUAUACAAAAGACUGUGUAAGAAAAUUAGGGUUUCAUUUAUUUUGGUUUAUCUACUGUGUCUGUAAAAUGACUUUGAAGUAAUAUAUACCAAAUGGGAAAAUAACGUGAAAUGAAUAGCGUACUUACAGCAACAGGUUUGUUGCUAUAAACUACAUAUGCUUCAAAGACAGCUACAUGUGAACUGAAACGUCCUAACAUUAUUGUUGUAAAAAAUAAAUUUAAAUUCCUUUACAGAAUGGGGAGGUGAACCCAUCCUGCUUAUUCUGUGUAGGCAAAAUUCCUAGUUAAUGUCAGUAGAAGGCUUUUGCCUCAGUAAAAAGUGAAAGUGAGGCUUAUAUUCAUUAUUUCUAAACUCAUAAAUGCACUGAAUCUCAUUAUAUAUUUUGUUCUCACAUAUAUCGCUCAGUGUGUCCUGAUUUUUCCUUGGAAAUCAGCACAUCUGUACCCUUCACCAAAAAUGCUAAAACUAAGCUGUGAUAAAUAUUUACUCCCCUUCAUUGUGCAUUAUAAGAUGUUUACAAUUAAAAUAAAGUGACAUAAUUGAACUUUUUUUUUUUUUAAUUUUCAACUUUUUAAAAUUUUGUAGUACUUCUUUCAGUUUUUGUGUUGACAAACCUAUAAUGUUUUCUUAUUAUUGUCUUUUAUUGGUUUAAUAUUGUAUUUGUUGUUGCUGAGAAAAGAGAAUGAUUGUACUAGGUAAAUCUAGAUCGUUAAAACAAGUGGGACAUGAGUAUCUUUAAUUAUUUAGAUCCCCACUCCCAUCCAGUUGUUCACUGUUCACAAAGUGCAAAAAAAAUAAUAUAAAACCAACCCACAAACAAAAAAAUAAAAACUCUGAAAAAUAAAUACAGAGUUGGAAUGCUGCAAUGUAUUUCAUAGCUUCUACGAACAAUCAGUUAACAAAGCAAAUUAGAACUAUGCCAGGUUUAGAAAACUGAAUGGCAUCUAUAUUCCUGUUCUUAUCAAUUGAUUAUUCUGUAGAGUCUUUAAACACUCUUUUCUUCUACCUUUUUACAAGAUUUUUAAAAGAACUGAGUUACUGUAAGCUAAUUUGUGUAGUUACAGGUUUGGGAGUCUUGUGUUUUAUUUUUACAUUUACUGAAAUUUGAAUUGAACAUACUUAGGUAAAACAUUUUGCACACUCCUACUAUCUUUAAUAGUUUUAGUAAUGAUUAUAUGACAGAGAUAUGAAUACCUCAGUCCAGAUCCUAUAAUGUGUAUCAUGGGGUUGCAUUGACACACCAGCUCUGAAGUCUACUAUUAGUGCUCUGGAGAAGUGUAGCGUGUAGGAUAGACAGGAUAGACAUUACUAGAUCUGAUAACGAUUUAUGUGUUUUAUUUGAUCUUGACAUAGUAUUGAAAAUAAUUAUUUACAGGCAUUUUCUCCAUUAGCACAAAAGGCACAGUGAACAGUGUGAGGGAAUGGGUAUUGUUGAACUACCUUUUCAAAGCACAGGGCCCAAUUUUCAAAAGUUUUAUGUUUAUGAUAAUUUUUGGUACAUUUCCAUCUUUCUCAUGGUAAAUCAGUUUUAAAGCUUUUCUUUUUUAUGUUCUCAAAUAUUUUUUUUGUGCAUGUUUUACUCAUGUACUGUAGCAUGCUAUAAGCACCUUCUUUUAAAAUAAAACUUCCAUUAAAAAUUGGAAAAUAGAUUUGAAAUCAUUUACUUGUAAAAUGAUGACUUACAGCAUUACAGCCUUUAGUUCAUAAAUAAGAAAAUAGAUAAUGUUCUGGUGUAUGGUCAUUCAGGAAUGUAUAGAUCUAUAUACAAAUUUAAUUUAAAGCGAGGUAUUUUUAAAUAUCUAAAACACCUCCUUUUUUUCACUUUUUUUCCCUAAGAGACAUGAUCUGAUGUCUUUGUCAGUAUCACUCGUUGACAUCUGCACUGUUCAGAAAAACUUUUAUAUUAGAGAUGCACUGCAAUCCAAUUUAAUUCAGAACAGUUUUACAAAAUAAAAGUAAUCAUCAUUAGCCAUAAAUUAUCCACUUCCAUAAAAGUGGAAGAAGAAUAUAUUCAUUAAUAAUGUAUGUUUUGGUACUUAUCUGCAACAGUAAUUUCAGAGUUUAAAACAUUCAUUUGAGAGAGCAGCAUGAAUUUCUGAAAAUUGGGCCCUUGUCUCUCUGACGGGACAAACUCUGUCUGUAUGGUUUAAAACAAAUCAGUAAAUGGAAUUGUACUAUCUCUGCUAAUUUGUUUGGUGAUCUAAGACAAACAAAUAAAAAAAACUGGAAUAGGAGCAUAAACACACAGUGCUUAGUUCUAGUAUUAGAAAAUUAAUUUAAUGUAAUGCCUUGCAUUAACCCUUUGAGCAUUGUAAGUCACAUGAUGAGAAUAAAGCUUUUUAGAUAAUAUAAUUAGUCCACUGAACAUAUACUUUGAAAUACCUGAUAGCAUGGUAGAUUUUGUUUGGUUAUUUGUUUAAUUUCUAAAGUAAAUACUUGCAUACUAUAUGGGAAUGAUUUUGUGAUAGGAGGUUCAAUAGGUUUAGCCAAAAUAUUCACUGCCAUUGAUGUGUACUGUAUAAUGGAAAACAGUUCUUCAGCUCCCUUGUUUUCAUAAUUGCAUAAAUGCAUAAAGAAAAUCAAAUGUGUUUCUACAGACAUGAAAAUGUCUAAUUUAAGAUGCCUUUAGAAGGGGAAGGUUUAGAAAAUAUAUUAUAUUUAGCCUAUUUUGAAAAUCUCCUUAGGUAGGUUAGUAUUGGAAUAUUCUGGUACUGUACAAGAGAAUCUUUAGGAUUAAAAGAAAGAUUAGUGAAGAAGAAAAUUUUUACAGAAUAUUUGAUAUGUUUGCAUUAAGAUUUUCUGCAGUUUUUUUGAUAAGCAAGAAUACAAUUAUGUUCAUAUUCCUUUUAACAUUUAGCCAUUGCAAUAAUAACUAAUGGAAAGGUGAAGGUAUUCCGUUCAGCUUCAUCUAUAGGGGUACAAUUUGGAUAGCCCUUAUUGAAUGUCAGAAUUUUAAAAGCAACCCAGAAACUGCACCAGCCUUUUGCCAUGUUAAAAUGCCCCUUAGUUCUUAAAACUACUGCUCGAAAGAACAAGGGAACAAGUGUAGUAGCAAGUACAGAUUCUUUGAGAUUAAGGAGAGAAAUGCCACCUUACUAAGUGAGAGUACUGUACAUUUUCUACUGGUUUCUUGCAGUAUCAAUCAGUCAGCAAACACUAAAUGCAGCUGUACUUAUUUAAGUCUACCUGAGGGCAAAAACAAAGGUCUCUUUUUAAGUUAUUUAAUGCAAUUACAUUAGUAGUAUAAUGCAAGUAAGCUGUAAACAUUUUUAGUCAGUUAAUGCAAAUUCAUGCAGAAUUAAUUAUCAUAAAUGCAAUACUCAAAGGGUUUUAAUUUAACAACUUUUUUAUUCAUAAUUUAAUGUAAAUGCUUCUGAGUUUGCAUGCCUUGAUCAUUGCUGCUAGUGAUUUUAUGUGCCAGUAGACCUGAGUUUAAUUUACCAGUUUAACUUGAGAAAUAGUAAAAGCCACUUACAAAGUGACUGCCUAAUGUUUGUUUGAAGUAAAAUAUGCCUUAGUUUGAAAAUGAUCAUUUUAACUCGUUUUAUUCUGUUUUUUAUUUUCCUUUUCCUUUUGAAAAAAUAAAUUAACAAUUUGGGAUUGGAAGCCCUGAGUAGUUAAAUAAUUGCUAAGAAAUGUUCUUAUAGAUUGCUCAUUAAGGGUGAAAUUUACUGUAGAAAAGAAGGCCCAGAACAAGACUGAGCAUCAAAUGAGCCUCACUUACAUCUAAAUCAGAAAAAAAUAUAUAUAUAUAUUUUUUUCUAUAUUCUUAAGCACUUUCUUGAUUCAGGUGCAAAUGUCUUACAAGAGUUUUCAGUUCUGGAUGAAUUCUACUCUGAAACAAAAAAUGUCCUUGUCACAGGAAUUUUGGAGGGACAACCUCACAUGGAUUGGUAUUUACCAGGAACUCAUUUCAAUUCUUUUUGACUUGCUGAUGUCAUUAAGAGCUUUUUACACGAACACUAAAGGGUUCCCCAAAUAAAGUUUCUUUCCGUACAAUAUUAAUGUGAUUGCUUUGCAUUUAAACAUUAUAUCCAUCUUAAAGUAACCCAAUUAAGCAAUUUAAAAUGUCAGAAAAAUAACACUUUGUACCAAAGCAAGUUGCCCAUCUCCAUGCAUCUUCACUGAAAAUUUGGAUUUACAGUUAAUAACCAAUGAGGCUGUUAAAGAAACUUCGAGUGCCUUUCAAAAACUUGGAAAAUUGUGCCUGAGGUGGUAAACUUUAAUUAGGUUAAUUCUAGAGCUACCAAUCAGUAAUUUUGUCAUCACUCAGGGCUUUCUUACCUUCUAGGAAACUUCCAUUCUUGCAUUUAUUUUAUACUGUAUUUUUUUUAAAGUGCCAUCAUUUAAAUUUUCACUUAGUAAGUGGCAGAUUACAUUAUUCAGUCCCACAGCACAGAAACAUCAUAACACUAGGACAUAUUCAAACAUUUAUUUUGCAGUUGACUGAAUAUAUUAUGUAAAUGAGGUAAGCAACUUUUUGUAGAUUGUAUGUGUGAGAUAAUGUAAUGUUCUUUUCCAGUUUUUGGACUACAGUUGAAUAUACUUUUUAAUUAUUUAAAAAAGACAUCUUUACAGAAUAACGUGAUGGUUUUUUUGUAUAAUGUAUUUGAUUUUGUAAAUACGUAUUUCCUGAUGUGAUUUUUGUGAGAAAUGCUAAAUCUUUUAGUAUAUCAUGUCCUCUCAAAACUGGCAGGAGCUAAAUAAUAGUUUGUGGGCAAUUUGUAUUGUGUACUGUACAAUAACUGGGGAACUUUUAUAAUUAUAAAAAUAUAUAUUAACUUUUAGUGUGUUGUUUAAAAAAAUGACUGGAACAUACUAAAGACAGUAGGAUUUUUCUGAAUAUUUCAGACUUGAACUCAGGCUAGCUUUUUGUGUUUUUCAAAACAAAAUUGUGUCUUGUCUUUUAAAAUCAAUAAAUUUGUUUUCUUGUUACAAA